AUGUCUACCCUCUACCUUCCUCAGUCUUCUACCUCAGAUCCACGAUGCACCUGGGUGCGUGUCUGUAGCCAGUUCUCACCUCACCCUCGCCCCGAGGUGAAAGAAGUCUCUUCGGGGCCCCGGGACCUUCCCCUACCAUGCCUUUUGUCUCCUUCCACUGGAUCUGUAUGGGGGGCUUGGGCUGUCUCUUACAUGCUAGCCCCUGAAUCUAUCUCAGGGGAUGGGAACCAGCGAAGCUUCUCUCUCAUCAAACAGUGGGUAAACUAUGCAGAAUCCGAUGUGCUGCCAACUGCCUAUGGCGUCGACCACAAACCGACUAGAGACCGCGCUCGUAUGGAACUGCAUAAAAUCCUGGAGGUGUUGGACAGUCACUUGAAAGUGCGCACGUACCUAGUGGGAGAGCGACUGAGCCUUGCCGACAUCGCAGUGUCCUGCUGUCUUAUAUAUCCAUUUAGCAAGGUCAUUUCUCCCUCCACCAGGCAGAACUUUUCCAAUGUUACCCGCUGGUUCCUGACCUGUGUCAACCAACCACAGUUUAAGGAGGUUAUAGGAACGUUUACACUAUUUAAUGGAGACCUGAAGAGCUCAGAUCUCCCUACCAUAGCUGCACCAACCAGCACAGCUGCUGUUGUCAAUGGUCCUCCAAAAACAGCUGCCCAGUUGAAGAAAGAGUCCAAGAAAAAAGAGAAGUUGGAGAAGUUCCAGCAGAAGCAAGAGAAGAUAAAAGAACUGCUGAUAGAGAAGAAACCAAAGGCAGAAAAGAAAGAGAAGAAGGAACUUGGCGUGAUUGUCUAUGAUAUCCCAACUCCCGCAGGACAAAAGAAAGAUGUAUCCGGCAGUAUGCCAGAUUCAUACAGUCCUCAGUAUGUGGAGGCAGCCUGGUAUCCAUGGUGGGAGAAGGAGGGGUUCUUUAAGCCAGAGUAUGGGAGAACCAGCAUCUCAAAGCCCAAUCCUAAAGGCACAUUCAUGAUGUGUAUCCCUCCUCCAAAUGUGACUGGAUCUCUUCAUCUAGGUCACGCUUUGACGAAUGCCAUUCAAGACAGCCUGACUCGCUGGCAUCGCAUGAAUGGUGAGCUGACCUUGUGGAACCCAGGUUGUGACCACGCUGGGAUAGCCACCCAGGUAGUUGUGGAGAAGAAGCUUUGGAGAGAGCAUGGAAAGACCCGGCAUGAUCUGGGCAGAGAAGCAUUUAUAGAUGAGGUGUGUGGAAGUGGAAGAAUGAGAAAGGUGACAGAAUCUAUCACCAGCUGAGAAUUCUGGGUAGCUCCCUAGAUUGGGAUAGAGCUUGUUUCACCAUGGAGCCGAAAUUAUCACAUGCUGUACAGGAAGCCUUCAUUCGCCUUCACGAGAGCGGUGUGAUCUAUCGCAGCAAGAGGCUUGUCAACUGGUCAUGUACACUGAACUCAGCCAUAUCAGAUAUAGAGGUGGAUAAGAAAGAACUUACUGGUCGUACGGUGUUGCCUGUGCCUGGGUAUAAAGAGGGUGUAGAGUUUGGGGUGCUGGUUUCUUUUGCUUACAAAGUACAAAAUACAGGUGAAGAGGUUGUGGUGGCUACAACUCGAGUGGAGACCAUGCUGGGUGAUACAGCAGUGGCUGUCCAUCCCCAAGAUCUGCGCUAUCGGCAUCUGAAAGGAAAGAGUGUUGUUCAUCCGUUUGGGAACCGCCUACUUCCCAUUGUCUUUGAUGAGUUUGUGGAUAUGAGCUUUGGGACAGGAGCGGUGAAGAUCACUCCAGCUCAUGAUCAGACUGAUUAUGAGGUGGGGCUGCGACACUCAUUGGAUUUUGUUAACAUCAUGGAUGACAGUGGUAGUCUGGUCAAUGUGCCUGAGCCAUUCUUGGGUAUGAAACGCUUUGAGGCCAGAAAAGCGGUCUUAGAGGCUCUGAAACAAAAGGGACUUUUUAAGGAGAUAAAGGAUAAUCCUAUGGUGGUCCCUAUAUGCAGUCGAUCCAAGGAUAUUGUGGAGCCCCUCCUAAAGCCCCAGUGGUAUGUACGUUGCGAUGAGAUGGGCAAGAAAGCAGCGGAUGUUGUGCAGAAUGGACACCUGACAAUCAAACCUGAAUUUCACACCAAGACCUGGUUCAGCUGGAUGGACAAUAUCAGGGACUGGUGCAUAUCACGACAGCUGUGGUGGGGUCAUCGAAUUCCAGCCUACUUUGUCACCAUCAACGAUCCUUCAGUACCACCAGGAGAGGACACAGAUGGCAAGUACUGGAUCAGCGGUCGUUCAGAGGAGGAAGCAAGACAAAAGGCAGCGAAAACGUUUAAUGUGGCUCCUGCAAAAGUUACACUUAAACAGGAUGAGGAUGUGCUUGACACAUGGUUUUCUUCUGGUCUGUUCCCAUUCUCCAUCUUUGGCUGGCCCAAUGAGAAUGAAGAUCUGUCCGUUUUCUACCCUGGUGCACUCCUGGAGACUGGCCAUGACAUCUUGUUCUUCUGGGUGGCUCGAAUGGUGAUGCUUGGCCUCACACUGACUGGGAAGCUGCCCUUUAAAGAGGUGUACCUACAUGCUAUAGUACGUGAUGCUCAUGGGCGUAAAAUGAGCAAGUCCCUUGGAAAUGUAAUUGAUCCCCUGGAUGUGAUCAAUGGGAUAAGCCUGGAGGGCCUGCAUGCUCAGCUGCUGGACAGUAACUUGGAUCCUGCUGAGCUGGAGAGAGCCAAGGAAGGACAGAAAUUUGACUACCCCAGUGGGAUCCCUGAAUGUGGGACUGAUGCCCUGAGAUUUGCCUUGUGUGCCUACACUAGUCAAGGACGUGACAUUAACCUGGAUGUGAACAGGAUCUUGGGUUACCGCCAUUUCUGCAACAAACUCUGGAAUGCAACAAAGUUUGCCAUGAGAGGCCUGGGAGAUAAAUUCACACCUCCGGACUCCUCACUGCCCACUGGACAGGAAAGUUUGGCUGAUCUCUGGAUCCUAAGUCGUCUUAGUCUUGCGAUUGAUCUGUGUAACACUGGUUUCCAAAAUUACGACUUCCCAGGAACUACUACAGCAGUAUAUAACUUCUGGCUAUAUGAUCUCUGUGAUGUGUAUCUGGAGUGUUUGAAGCCUGUGUUUGCUGGCACAGAUGAAAUCGCCAUCGCUGUAUCACAGAAUACCCUGUACACUUGUCUGGAUGCUGGUCUCCGUCUCCUUUCCCCCUUCAUGCCUUUCCUUACAGAAGAGCUUUAUCAGCGCCUCCCCCGAAGAUCCUCUGAACAGUUUCCAAGCAUCUCUGUAGCUCCUUAUCCUGAAAAUAGUGAGUUCCGUUGGCGACAUGAAGGGACUGAGAAGAAUAUGGAUCUUGCAUUGCUUAUAGUGAAAUCCAUUCGGUCUCUGCGGGCUGAUUAUAAUCUCACAAAGACAAAAGCAGACUGUUACGUUAAGUGUGCAGAUGAUGAUACCAGGGCUGUGGUUGCUGCUUAUACCUCGUACAUCACCGUCCUCUCCUCUUCUCAAUCUCUGAUGAUUAUGCAGCCUGCAGACAAUGCUCCAGAUGGCAGUGCUGUGAACACCGCAUCUGAUAAAGCCACCGUCUACCUUAUUCUCAAGGGUCUUAUUGAUGUGGAGAAAGAACUUGGUAAGCUGCAGCUGAGGAAGAGUGAGCUGAACCGACAGCUUGAGAAACUGCAUGAGCGCGUGUCUGGAGCAGAUUACCGCAACAAAGUUCCCACUGUAGUACAGCAACAAGAUGCUGACAAGAUGAAACAGUUGGAGACAGAGGACCAGAAGGUGGAGGAAGCUCUGAGCAGUUUUCAGAAGAUGGUGUAG